CUAUGGGAGGGACUAGCGCAAAGGGGGGAAUUGGAAGGAGGAGGGGGCGAGGAGGAGGCGGCACGGGUGCUGUUUCUCCAGUCUCUUUCCCCUGUCUUUGUCUCACACACUCUUUUGUUAGCCAUGCCUAGCCUGCUGGUUCUAGCAGGGAUCAUGGAGAAAAAUGGGGGCUAUGCCGGGGAUCUGGCCGGCUCCGGCUUCGGAGGCGAAGGUCUCCUUGUGCCGCCCGACGAGGAGGAAGACGACUCCCGUGCCCUCAGGGUCGCGCUGGGCCAGUUGUCUCUGCUGGGGCUCGGGGAAGGCGAGGACGGCGGCGGAGCCCCAACAACAGGAGUACAGGACCGGAGUAACAAUAACAACAACCACCACAACCACACGAACAACGUCGGAGGUGGCGGGGACACGGCGAUCCUGCAAGGGAAAAGCAAGUUGUGCGCCCUGUACGAGAGCUCCUCAAGUGAGACGAAAGGACGAGGCUGCAACAUAACAGAAUGCGUCCCAGUGCCCAGCUCUGAACAUGUGGCCGAAAUAGUGGGGAGACAAGGUUGCAAGAUCAAAGCCCUGCGGGCCAAGACCAACACCUAUAUCAAAACCCCCGUUAGAGGAGAGGAGCCCGUGUUCUUAAUCACUGGCCGGAAGGAGGAUGUUGCACUGGCCCGCCGUGAAAUCAUCUCUGCUGCAGAGCACUUCUCCAUGCUCCGGGCAUCCCGCAACAAGCUGGGGGUGUCCUUCAGUGGCUCCCCGCCCACACCUUUGCCAGGUCAGACCACCAUUCAGGUGAGAGUGCCAUACCGUGUCGUGGGGCUGGUAGUGGGGCCUAAAGGCUCCACCAUCAAGCGCAUCCAGCAGCAAACCUGCACUUACAUCGUCACUCCCAGUCGAGACCGCGACCCUGUCUUUGAGAUCACAGGGUCACCGAGCAACGCCGAGCGGGCCCGCGAGGAGAUUGAAGCACACAUCGCCUUCCGAACAGGAGGCCUGCAUGACCACAAUAAUGAGAAUGACUGUCUGGGGCCGAAUGGUGGAAGCAGCCCAGCGGGCAGCAGCGGUGGUCUGGAGAGCCGGCUACAGCAGGUGUGGGGGCUGCAGGGGGGCCAGCGCAAGCCUCUCACCAGCAGCUACCGCCAGAACUUCUCUGAUGCCAUGGUUGGAGGGGGAGGGGGAGGAGGAGGCGAGGGAGGGGGAAUCUACAACAAGAGCAACUUCUCCAGCUCCGGAGAGAAGCCUUGCUCUUAUUUUGGAUCUGAGGGCACCCAGAGCUGGGGCGACCCCGACUACCCCAAACAGGUGGCCUUCUACGCCCAGCAGCGGUCCAAGAGCUUUGGAGGCCUCCCACUCCCCCUGACCAGACUCUCCCCUGGUUUACCCGAGUCCUGCGGAGGUGGAAGCACCAACAACUCCUCAGUCACCAGCAUUGUGCCCGUAUCCGGCUCACCUCAUGCCCAGGCCCGCCGCGCCCACAGUGAGCCCACCUCAGCCGGCGAGGGCUUCCCAGGCCGUCUGCCAGUGCCGGACUCGCCGCCGGCCACUGUGCGGGACUGCAUGACCUGCUUUGAAAGCAAAGUGACGGCUGCCUUGGUGCCCUGUGGCCAUAACCUCUUCUGCAUGGAGUGUGCCAUCCGAAUCUGUGAGCUCAACCACCCGGAGUGCCCAGUGUGCCACACCCAGGUCACACAGGCCAUCCGAAUAUUCUCUUAAGGAACCACAUCAGUUUUUAUCAUUAGUUUUGUCAGUGUUUGUUCAAUAAUUAUUUACUGUUAUUAUGAUUAUUAUUAUUAUAAUACACAUUUUUGUUUUUCAGAAAAUUUAAAAACAAUCAAGCAGAUAUUUUAGAAGGCACUGCUUGCUUUACUAAAAAGUAUAAGAAAUAUUUUUAAGUUUUUCUUUUAUAUAUAUAUAUGCAUAUAUAUUUUAUAAAAGUUUUGUUUAUAAGAGAAGUAUAGUACCUUGCAUUUUCAGUUUUUUGACUGCUGCUGUUUUUCAUUCAUGAAUCACAGUGUAGGCAGAGGUAGACAGUAAUGUGAACAUUUUAUUAUUCAAAAUUUUUUAUUUUACCAUGAAGUGGGUUUAUAUGGAAGGAAGAAGAUGAUUGUUGAGGUACCCAAUCUGCACCUGACUGACCCAGAAAGUCAAUGUUGUUAUUAGAAGGAGGAAAAAAACAUAGAAUUUUCAUUGCACCUUACAAUCAUCUUGGUCUAAAAUAGGAUUUUCAAUCAUACCUUGAAAUUUCGGGAGCUGAUGUCAAGGUGAAUUCAGCCUUUUCAGUUUUACUGUGAUUAAUAGGUCCAAAAUAGAUAUUAAUUUCAGCUAAAUGAAAAUGUGAAUAUUGGUUCUUGUCAACGCCUUUUAGUCUUUGCAAGAAAACAAAACAGCCCCCUUUAUUUCAUUAUUAUACCUUUAAGUCUUAUAAACUAGAUUGAUGCUAAAAAAGGACAUUACAUCAUUUAUUUAAGGUUACAUUUUAUUGGUAUCAUCAUUCACAGAGAUAGAUGAAAGUUGUAUGAAGUGUCAGUAAAAUUUUUCUUUCCAGUAGCCAUUGAUUACACCUUGGCCACUGCAGUUUGUUGAAAAGAUUCAGUAAUGCUUGCUCCUCGUGGCACUUGAAAAGCAUGUGGUUCCUCGGUUGGCUUAAAGCACUGAUUUAAUUUGUGAGGCCGAAAGCCUUGGAAUUCAUCCAGUUGGCUAGUUCUCGAUAUCUGUCUCCCCAAUGGACUUGUUUCAAAGCCACCUUAACCGCGCUUUAUUGUCUUGUGUGGUCAUUUGGCCACAGUCGCUGAACGAUAUAGGACACGGUGAGAGCUCCAGUCAACAAGCAUUUCUCUGAGGUGUGCACUGUAAAUAAGGAGGAGAAUUAGUGCGUGGACAGAAGCCGAGUAAAACUGUAAAAUGUUUCCUGAAUCAGCAGCAGAUUGAAAUAGUUGACACUGUAAAAUACAGAGUCCCAAAUCAGUAAUCCUUACUCCACGUCCCCAAUACUAACAGCAUUAUGUGCAAGCUCUGAGGGGCCAGCUGUCUCCCCUGUAAUUAGCAAAGCUGUACAGGAGCAGGUGUUUCAUGGCACACUGUAGCUGUGACCCCAAGUUGGAGGUCUCGCCUAGCCCCCUUUCUUUCUCUCUUUUCUUUGGGAGUGGCUUUUAUGUCUCCCCCUGCUUACAGUUUGAUCGUUUGCUUUCUAAGGCCUCUCUGAGUGGGGCGUAUUGUCUGGGCCCGGUAGCGGCGUGGGCUGCACAGCGCUCGGACACGGCCUGGAUCUACUCAUUGAUAAUUAGGCAAAUGGGUUGGUCCAGGUGCGGACCGUGUGGGGACUCUGGAGCUGUGUGAGUGGUACGACGGGGUCCCGCAGCGAGCCCCUUACUGCCCCGCCCCGCUGUUACAAGCACAGAGGGGGCUGGAUGGUCUGGAUGCAGCUGGGCGAAUAGGACCCCCUCCUUCCACUCCCUCUUGCCCCUUCCUCCCCCCUUUUUCCUCUCCUUUUCUGCUGCUCUGAGCUAUCCCUACUGAGGAGAGGGGGGCCUCCUUUGUCCCAAAACACACACACACACACAAAAUUUGAAAGACACUAGCUGAAUUUGGCAGCGCCUGUGAAAUGAGGGGAGGCUUAGGAGCAAAAUAAAUUAUCUACAGUUAUCGGGGGAUACCCCAGUUACCUGUUUUCAACGCUAAAUCCCCGUAUGCCCAUUCUGAAUUCUGAAAAUGUACGCGCUCACCUACAAAAGAGAGAUUGCGUGAUCCUAUCACGCGGGGUGCAGCAUUAACUCCCCCUCCACUCCCCAACAGCGCCGCCCUGAAAAUUUGGACGGGGUCUUGUUUGUGUGACAGCGCCAGUGCUGAUCGUGUCAGCUCGCUACUGUAUGGGACAUCCUGCAGCUGCCCCUUCACUAUGGACACCCGGGCUCCAGCCAAUGGCAGCCCCCCUCUUCGCUUUCAGCUUCCAGAAUGAAAUCAGACAAUUGUAAUUGACAGGAAAGCAGAGGAAACGCCCCAUUUAACCAGCACUCAUGCUGAAUCAAAUUACACACCCUCUGCGUCUGCCUUAGCCCCAGCCUGGGGAUUUCAGAGGGCUAGAGGAGAGCGGAUGGGGGUAGGGAUUAAAGCUGUUGAAUGAUAGGAGGAGGAGGGGGGGGGGAUUUCAUUUUGGCUAGAGAAAGAGAGAAGUAUGCAAAAAAAAAAAAAAAAAAAGAAAUGGUGCAGAUCUCACAAUUGUAUUGAUCACUUAAGUCCUGCAGCGAGUUUUGAGCUGUUGUCACAUGUGUGCCAGUGGUGAUGACAGGGAACCUCUCGAGUGUUAUAUUGGAGAACUCGGCUUCUGUCUCAAAAGAAAAAUUACAGAUUGUGUCUUUCAGGACACAAAGGCCCCUCCUUUUUUUUUUUUUUUUUUUUUUUUACAAAAAAAGAGAAAAAAACAGCUAACAUGUAAAGCAGACCACUCGCAUUAGGUGUGGACUGCAGGGAAAGCACUGUACUUGCAAAAAAGUACCCUGAUAUCUAUCAGAUGUAGAAAAUAAAGAAUAGUUAUGAUUUUUAUGGAUGGAGAAAUUGCACAGUGGUUUGGCCUAAGCUUUCAAAUUCAAGGCAGUAUGACACUGUUCUUUGAACUUAGUAUUUUUUUGUUGUUUUGUUUUCUGCCUUAAUGUUUUUUAUUGAAAGAUUGCCAUUACUUUGGCAUACAAGGUAGCAACUUUGGCCUUUGAUAGUACCGCCCCCCCGCCCCCCCCAAAACAAGUUUUAAAGUACUUAUUUUUGGAGAAAAGAAUGUGAAUCAAACAGCUCGGGUGGGGAUUAGAGGGAUUCAGGAAAUUAGGCCCUUAAAACACUUUACUUAAAAUAUAGAGUAAAGCACCUUAUUACAAAACAUCUGAUUAAUACCAAACCGACCACUGAUGGUGAAAAGACAUUUCAUAGAAUUUGAAAAACAUGCACAUAAGGAUUCCCUAUCAUUUUUUUGUAUUAUGGUGGUUCUUGUUAUUCUUAAUACUACAGUAGUACUAGUGGUAAUUUGGGAGACCUCUCGUCCAUUUAGUCAAUGCUGAUGACUUGGUUUGAGUGUUGCACUGGUUUAAUGAAGAGAGGGCUUAUUGGAGAUUCUCCCUGUUUAGACGCUGUAUGAGUUAAUGAGUAUUGUACUUUAUGGGAAAGCACUCUGAGCAUCUAUGUAAAUACAGUAUGUGUAUCAGUUAUGAACAUCCAGACAAAGGCCCGCUUAAAGUGAGGUUUUGAUUAUUUUUACAAGCUGAGGGUGUCAUUGUCAAUGUUUUAGCAUACGGAAGUCGAAAUGUCUCUGAGUUUUAGGGGGAGUAAAUCUUUUAUAUAUGCGUCCCAUCCUCCUUUUUGACUAUAAUAGUAUAUUAGAUAGAUCCAUACAUUUAAGAAAUAUUAUUUAAACUGAUUAACUUAGUAUUUCAUCCAAAUAUAUAGAUAAGAAAUUAACCAGACACUACUAUAAACUGUAAUAAUGAAUAUCCUUUUAUGAAGCCGCUGAUGUAUAAAUCCAAUCUCAAAUAAAAACUGGAAGGAAUAGUAUGUGUAAUAACCCCUAAUGAAUAAAUCUGUUUCUAUGUAUAUUAGGAUGAAAAGCAAUAAUAGGACUAUACUGGGACAAUAAACAGAGGAGCCUGCUUAGUCAGUUCUUUAAAUAAUAUUCUAUUCAGAAAUUGACCUUGAUUAUUAGGAUAAUACCGCUGCAUUUCUGUCUCAUAUCUGCUUAAAAUUCAUUAUGGAUUCAUGCCAGAGUAGAAACAGAGAUAUAAUUAAUUAGUAACAGUUUCAGGAUAAGUAAUUGUUCUUGUUGUGUUCAUCAGGGUCUUAAAGUGAUUGCUUAAUUUUUUAUUUUUUUUUACGUUGAAUAUCAAUCAGAUCACAGGGUGGGUCAAGACAAAACUUAUGGAUUCCUUUUUCCUGAGUAGCACUGAAAUAAACUUGGAGGAAAUCUCAUAGCGCUGUAGAAGUGAGUGUAAAAGUCAAGUGUAAACAAACAAACAAGACCAGAGCGGAAGCACAGAGGGCUGUCCUGUUUGUUAAAAAGCAGGAGCUGGUGACUUUGCUUAUGACAGACUGAUGUCUUGAAGGCUUUGGUCAAAAAGACAACAACACAGCAGUGAGAGGGAAGAGGAGGGUAGGACAACAUGAUGAUGCACCAGUCACUCAUGUUGUCCAUCUUUACCCUCUCUCAGUUACACACAGGGGCAGGCGUGUUACUUAUAGCAUAUCUUAAGAUGAUUUCUGUUUACAUAGCAGUCAUGGCUCUAUUUGAGAUUUUGUUUUGCACCUACUUUUUCAUCUGUAUUGUUUUUGAAAGGAAAAGGUCAGACGUAGCCAAAGAACAAAACGCAAGGAGAGGACAACUUAUCAGUUAACUUAUUUUAGCGUCAGAAUCAACAUUGGUUUUAGAGUUUAAUCGAAUCAGGAUUAUUAAGACUCUGUUUGCCCCAAAAAGUCUUAGAGGCCGCUCAAUCGAUAUCUGCGAAAUGAAGGCAUAUCAUGUUUCAGUGUUGUAAGAUUAGUUUAACACUACAGAGGCGUCGUUAACAGACUUACUUCUCCCCAAAGAGAUCAGCUUAAAGCACAUCCUGGCACUUACACCGUCCGCUGAAUAGUUUUCUAUUGUCAUGGUUAGGUUCAUGGGAGAAGAGCAGUCCAGGGAAUGUCUUAAUCUUUGUCGCCCGAUCUGGAGAAAGUCAGAUAAAAAUGGACUGCCCACGCAAUUUAAAAAAAAAAUUGUGUUGACAAUGACAAGCCAGUGAAAAUUCAGGCUUAGUUCCUAAUUUUAAACCCCCCCUCAGAGUUAACUGUUAAGGAUUAAACAAGGUGACAGUGGACAAAACAACACUGUGGUUUCAUCGUUUGGAGAGCCAUUAACUGUACCCUUAAGUUUAACUGCAUGUUAGUGAGAUAUAGCACAGUAGGUAAGAUUUAUCUGAGAAAAAAAGUUAAGAUCGCAUAAAGAAUUCAUCAGCCUGAUAUAAAAAGCUUUAAGACCUUAAAGUGAACAUCGGUUUAAAAUCAUAUAUUUACCGUGUAGUUUAACUAAUUGAUACAUAAAGUUUAAUUAUGAUUCUUAAGAAUAUGCUAUGGUGUAAGUUUCAUUUGUCCAACUCACCCGGUAUGAGAUACUUUUUUAAUUCAGUGGAGCAACAAAGGGGUGGGGUGACUCGCAGUGACAUUUGAUUCAUUAAGUUCUUGUUAGUAUUAUUUACAAUAUUGUAUUAAGCUUACUAUUAUAGUAAUGGUAGAAACUGUUGAUGUUUUUCUUCUCUUGAUAUGAAAAGGUCUUUAUGCAUUUAUGUAGAAUCCCUUUUAAGGAGUGAUAGGAAAUCCUUAUUUUCAAUGGAUGCACUUAAGCAAUUGUACCAACCUGUCUAAAUCACACAUUGAGCAAGUAAUGCAUUUGAAUGUAAAAAACAAAAAACAAAAAAAAAGGAAAAAAAAAAGACCACUCAACUCAAUGCACUCCUUAUGCUUAUUGUUUUGUCAAUUUACAAGUGAGCUUUAAGUUUUUUUGUUAGUUUUUUUAAUUAUUUUUUUUUGGAAAGAAUUUGCGACAGGUUUUCAGCGUAGACUAUAUUUGAGUUCUUCCACAUACAUUUAUAGAAAGUAACUUAAAAUGAAUAAAAAAAAAACAUAUUACAGUUUCUCAAAUCUAUUUUGCUAACAUGGGUUAUUAUUUCAUAGAAAGCAGAGGAAAAAAAAAAGUCAGUAUCUGGAUGUUAUUUAUGAGAAGUUAAAAAAUGAAGCAACAUAUUUAUGAGUAACCUCAAGACAUUUUGUUUUUUAAUUAAAAUUACAAGAAGUUAAUAUAUUUCUAAACACAGGGAGGUCAGUUUCUACUAAUAAGUAAAAUGAGAAAAGAAGUUUAGAAGUUUUAUUUAUGAAAGUUGUGGGCGCUCGCCUUGUCCACGUACCUCAUGGAAAAUGGCGUACAUGGAACGAGUGGUCCCCAUAGCUGAAAUUUUAACUUCAGACGUGCACCACUUCAACAUCAGUGCAUUCACAAUGGAAUAAUUACAGAAAAUAAUAUAAUAUUUUUUAGAAUUUGGAGAUAUUUUAGUCACAGAGCAUCAAUUUUGUGCCUCAAUUAUAUAUUUUUCCUGCAUCAGCAUUCUUUGUGCAGUGCUGCUUGCUGUAACCCCCUUUCCCCCUUCAACUAACCCCAUGUUACUGACUGAAACGCAUAACUCAUUUCCUCUGUAAUCUAAACUCGCUUUUACUUAUCAAAACAUAAAAAACAUGUUACGACUGCAAUGCUUGGAAUGAAUGAGGCAGCUGUGGCCCCCCGCCAAUGGGGCCACACAAAACUUGUACACACUUUCAUUCAUACAUUUUCUGCAUCUACUACGCGGACAGUUUGUGAUCAAUAGUGACAGAGCAUAAUCAGCCUUUAUGAGAGACUUUCCCUAAUGUGUUAAUUAGGUGAAGAGUGCAAAUCGAGCGGAGGCAUCUAGGAGACAACAGCGCACUGUGUAGUAGAUUUAUGUAACUAGAUGCACACAUUUACACACAACAGGUUCAUUACCGUACUAGCUUGCAUGUAUGUUGUAUGGUCACUUAGACAGGAGGAACGGUGCAGGUUCUUUGUUAUCCUUGAACAUCAGGGCACCUGGGCUGUUUCUCCUCUGUAGAUUUUCAUAGUUGGAGUCUCUUUGGAAACUGGAAAGUUGACAAGAGUUUGGAGCCAGGUAAAGAGGCCAUUUCAGUCCCCACACCAGAGUUGGAUUUUAUACUCUCAGUUACCUGUUAGUGAUGAAAGACUGUUCGCACCUCAUAUGAAUUAACUUGAAGUUCCUAGUUUGUGUAAGAGUUGAUACAGAUGAGAGAAACUUGACAAAGACACUACAAUGGCACAUUUUCUGCUGCACGUUAAAGAUGGGGGCUGAAGUGACGCUCGCUGGUGAAACUCGCAACCUUUUCCGAAGAGGCCAAAACAGUCUGACAGUUUGUCUUUGGUAGCGUUUCCAAUUUUUCCAGCACAGUAGAGGUGUUUCAUACCGGUCUAAUAGUGGUCGUAGUGCAUUAGUUUUUGGGCCGGCAUCAGCUGGCGUUAGUUUCUGGUUUCUCUGUGAACAGUGAAAGAGGGUUGCCAAUGUGGCCCUCUGUGGCUGACCGUCAACUUUGAUGGAUGGAAUAAAAAAAAAGAAAAAAAAAAAAGAAGUCUUUGAACUCUGUUACAGUAUGCCAUGCCCCAACAAGGCAUGUGAUAUUGCAGGUUUAUUUGUUAUAGCACAUGUUUUUUUGUGAAUUACAUUUUUUGGAGACAUUUUUAUUAUUAUUAUUGUAUCUGCGCCAUGUUAGUUCUGGUUCUUUGUUAUUUUUCCAAGAUUCAAGAUGUAUUGUAAAUGUUUCUAAUAAAACAAAAAUGAAAUGAUC